AACCCCCAAUUCGACUGAAAGAAAAAAAAAUCGCCAAUUCAAUUGUAAGGAAAAAAGGGAAAUUCCCAAUUUGACUGGAGGAAAAAAAAAAGAAAUCUUCUAUUCGUUUGUAACAUAAAAAUAGAAAUCCCUAAUUCGAAUUUAAUAAAAAAGAGAAAUAGCCGAUUCAGUUGUAAGGAAAAAAAAGAAGGAGAAAUCCCAAUUUGACUGGAAGAAAAAAAAGAAAUCCCUGAUUCGUUUGUAACAGAAAAUAGAAAUCCUCAAUUCCACUCUAAGAGAGUAAUAAAAGGAAAAGAAAUCCCUGAUCCGAUUGUUAGAAAAAAAAACACAAAUUGACUGUAAGAAAAAAAAAAGGAGAAAUCCCCGAUUCGAUUGUAAGAAGAAAAAAAAAUCCCCAUUGUAAAAAAGAAAUGGAAAUCCCCGAUUCUAGAACCCCCAAUUCGAUGACUCGCUCCGUCGCUGCAUUCUCAUCGAUCCACCGUCUCUCCGCGCUCCGCUGCUCUGAAUCCACUCGACGGGAGCUGCAGAAUGCGACACCUAGACGGUGAGCGGGGCGCCACGAUGGCUGCACUCCUGGCCGAUUGGCGAAGGCGGCUGCGCGUGGGAUGCUGCCGGCGGCGUGCCGGAGCGGUGGCGGCCGGCUGAUUCGCCAAGAGCUGCUCCGGGCGCCGUUCGCUUCACAUAUGGUUGCAACUUGAUUCCUCUUAAACUUCCUAAUUUUCCUCACUUGGGACUUCACUUGAAGCUUCUUCCAUUUCCAUGAACCCGUUCCAGAAAUAAGCUCGCCGUGAUUUUUUAGAAGUUGUUGAAACUUGCCUGAAUCUCUUAAAACUUGCUCAAAUAUAUGAAAAUUUGUUGAAACUUGCUGCAACCUGCUAGCAGAGUAGAAGUCUCAAAACCUUGCAUUAAUCUUUGUUGAAACUCACCUUUUGAGACUCAAAGUUUCAGCCUUGAAACUUAAAACUCACCUUCCAUACUAAUAGUUUCUGUUUCAGUUAGUUUCGAUUGUAAAACCAGCUAUUAGCUCCCAUAUUAAGAUGAUGUCAGAGCAGCUCGAGCAGCUACGCCAUGCAGCUCGCCAUCGUCAAAUUGAAAACGGCCUCCAACAGCAAUGCCAUGCAGCUUGGCAUCCCUGUAGACUGGCCAUCUCGCCUCGCUCGCUCGGCAAGCAACCACUUGUAGCAUUCCCAUCAUUGUGCUGGCUUGGGCAUGGAUUGCCAAGGGAGCAAUCUUAGAGAUUUCCUUCAAACUAAUGGACAUAUCAUGCUUCAAAGAGUGGACAACAACUAUGGCUUGAGAUAUUUCACUGAAAAUGAGAUACAACACAUCACCAAUGGAUAUAGCACUAUGCUGGGAAAAGGGGCAUUUGGUCAGGUCUACAAAGGAACGCUGGACGAUCAUUCCUCAGUUGCCGUAAAGAGAUACAUACAUGGGACCCGGAAAGAGGACUUUGCCAAGGAGGUGAUAGUGCACUCUCAAAUAAACCACAAGAAUGUUGUUAGACUACUGGGCUGCUGCACGGAGGAAAAUGCUCUAAUGAUUGUCAUGGAGUUCAUCUCUAACGGAAACCUCUACAGCAUCCUUCAUUGCAGCAGCGCUAUUGGUCAUGUUCCCUUCCCUUUGGACAAACGUUUAGACAUUGCCAUCGAGGUUGCUGAAGUCCUAUGGUGCAUGCAUUCGAUGUAUAGUCCCGUUCUUCAUGGUGACAUCAAACCUGAAAAUAUACUGUUAGACGAAAAUCUUACACCAAAGAUAUCAGAUUUUGGAAUAGCAAGAUUACUUUGUGCUAAUGGGGCCCAGCAUACCAUAAAUAUCAUUGGUUCCAUAGGUUACCUUGAUCCCGCAUACUGUGAGAGUGGAAUUCUAACCCCAAAGAGCGAUGUUUACAGUUUCGGAGUGGUUUUGCUGGAAAUUAUCACCAGAAAGAAAGCAGUGGAUGGGACCAUUAUCCUCACUCAAUGUUUCAAUGGGGCGCUUGAAAAAGGGGAGGAUGUGCUGCAUAUGUUCGAUGCGGAAAUCAACGAUGCAAAAAACAUGAAGUUUCUCAGAGACAUUGGAAAGUUAGCAGCUGAAUGCUUGAGGAGGGACGCCAAAAUGCGCCCUGAAAUGAUUGAAGUUGCAAUCAGUUUACGGAUGAUUAGGAAUGCUCUGCAGGGCGAACAAGGAAAUCCAAGUCCAAUCAACUCAAUUUCCUCAAAGAAAGUAGGGUCAGCUGCACACCAGUUUGGCAAUCUAAAUAUAUUCGAAGAAGAUGAAAUGAAGAAGAUGACUAGAAACUACAGCAUGGCCUUCAGGGUAGAGUUGCGUGAACAUCUAUACAAUGGAGUCCUUGGCAACGGUCAUCCAGUUAUAGUAGAACAACUUAGAACACGCUCCGAAACUGACAGAGAGAUGUUUCUGAAGACUAUGAGCAUAUUGAGUCGAAAGAAUCACAGAAACGUUGUGAAUGUUGUUGGCUUCCACUUAGGGAAAUCUGUUUCAGAGUGUGUAUACGAAUCUUGCAGUGAGUUAUCCCAGUCUAACAAUGGUUCUCUAUCAUUCUCUAACAGAAACCUUUAUGAGACUAUCUGUUCCACGGAAAAACUUCCUCUUCAUCUUCGUCUGUUGAUAGCAGUGCAGUGCGCAGAGGGCCUGGUUCAUAUCCAUUCAUAUGCAGCUGAAAAUCCUGAUUUGUGUGGCGCCAGCCUCUUGGGAAAUUUCAGGUCUGCCAAUAUAUUUCUGGACAGGAACUUUGUGCCAAAAGUCUUCAAUGCGAACUUGUCAACAUUUCUUGGCCUUUCAGUUAUGCAGCGAACUAACAUCUUUGCUUUUCAUAUUCAUGACCACGGAUCAGAAAGGUAUUAUUUAGACCCAAGCAAUGUUUCUGGUCAGCUGUUCAACCCGAAAUCUGAUGUUUAUAGCUUUGGAGUAGUUCUUUUGGAACUCAUCACUUGGAAGACAGUGAGAUACAUGUCUGCUGGGACAGCUCAUAUCCUUACCACAGACUUCCUUGAUACUUAUAGAUCAAACCGUAAUGCAAUAGACAUCUUUGGCAAGGUUUAUGAUGAACAAGGCAGGUGCUUUCUUCACGAGGCCAUUGCCAUUGCAAUUGAAUGCUUACAACUUGAUCUCCAAAAGCGGCCAGAAAUAAGCGAUGUACUUUCCCGUCUCCGGAUCAUCGCUUCAGCUCAAAGUAUCAGAAGCAAACUCACUGUUGGUCGCAACAAUGAACCUAGCCACGUCACAGCCCCUACCCCUGUCAACGACACUGCCAAAACUCUUCCAACUGCUCUAUCAAACAUUUCCCUGGAAGAACUGAAUAAAAUAACCAGGAACUUCAGUAGUGAUAUUCUAAUAGGACAGGGGUCAUACGCUAGAGUUUUCAUUGGAGUGCUUCGAGAUGGACGGGAAUGUGCAGUAAAGAAUCUCUAUCCUACUGAAAAAAUUCAAGUACAGGUUCCGACUAUUUUAGGAAUGUGCAAGCAUGACAAUGUUGUGCAACUUCUUGGAUAUUAUGUCAAAGGGGACACUCGUAUUCUUGCUUAUGAGUACGCAUCAAGGGGCUCCUUGCAUGAUAUUCUUCAUGGUAAAAGGGUUGUUAAGGGAGCCCAACCAGGACCACCUCUGUCAUGGUUGCAGCGCGUGAAGAUUGCCAUAAGUGCUGCAAAAGGGCUUGAGUUCCUCCAUGAGAAGGCUAAACCUCCCGUCAUCCACACCAACAUAAAGUCCAGCAACAUAUUUCUCUUCGACGAUGAUGUCGCAAAAAUAGGUGAUCUCGGUGUCUCCAAAGAGCUGACCCCUAACAGGGAUGAUUUCUACGGUUAUGACCGGAUUCGUCCUCAGUAUGGUUUUGGCUAUGAAGCACCUGAGUGCGUGAUGGGAGGAGAGUAUAGAAAAAAGAGUGAUAUCUACAGCUUCGGGGUUGUACUGUUGGAGCUUUUAACUGGCCGCACAGUAGGUGACCCUCCACCGCCGCAUAGGCAGCAGAACCUUGUGACAUGGGCUAUCCCAAGGCUUAGUGAAGACAAGGUGAAACAGUGUAUAGAUCCAAGGCUUGGAGGAGAAUACCCCCCCAAGGCUGUUGCCAAGAUGGCUGCUGUGGCUGCACUGUGCUUGCAGUACGAGGCGGAUUUCCGGCCCGAAAUGAGCAUCGUCGUCAAGGCUCUGUGCCCGUUACUGUACAGGAAGGAGUACUCGUCCCAGCAUUCGUGAAGCAGCUGGAGUGUGAGGCUAGCGGUUACACGACAUUGCGAGCUCAAGAUCACACGAUAGGGCAUGUGGGUGACUUGGUGUCGAGCAGAAGAUUAUCAUUGCCGCAUUCCCCUAGACAGUUUGUCCAUGUAAAUUUUAGGCUUGUUACAAUGGAUCAGCAUGGUUCGUCUUGUUUGGUUACUUAUGAAACACACAAUGCUACAUGUUUUUAUAUAAAAAAAUAUAUUAUUCCGA